AUGGGACGGCUCUCUACUACGUCGCAUCAUUUGGCGUCGGUGGCCAUGUCGAGAGCCCUAUUACAACAGCGCGACAAGGGCGGUACUAAUACGGUCGCUGGCGGCCGACAUCCCGAUCUUGACGCGCCUGGCAGUCGCUUCGGCGGCACAGCACUCCACGCGGCGGCCAUCCGGGCCACGUGGCCGACCCGGGACGGACCGACUUCAACGAGGCCACACCCAUGCACAGCGCCGCGUCCCAGGGCGACGCCGAGGUCGUGCGCUGGUCCAGGGAACGCGCGACCAGACGAAGAGGCCGACGCCGCUCCAACGGCUCGGUUGAGCCGGCGUGAUGAGGUGGCGGGCCUCAUGGAGUCGUACAUGGCCGCGGAUGGCGAGCGACCAUUACAACAAGGGGAGCCAGAAGAAGCAGUGAGCGCUGCCGCUGAUUCUGUUGUCCACGAGCCCGAGCAUGAGGAAGACAUCAAGGACGAUGCGGGCGAGUGGGGAGCAAGGGAGCUGCGUCGCGUGCUCUUUCUAGACGGAAAACAUGGCCAGCCCUCCAGUGACGCCCUUCAAGUGGACUGCGCCGGCGGGAGCAAAAUCCUUGCCAGACGCGCGUCCAAGGUCUGGCGGUAA